UGCGCAAUCCUGUGUAUUGGCGCGUUGUCCUUAUUAAAGGGGCUGCUAAAAGACGCCCUUGUCCUACUAGAGGCGACAUUGCCGCUCACAGACCCAUGCUCACUGCACCUCCCACAGGUAGAGGCGAUCAUCGCUUUGCAAGACUUGUCUGUGUGGUAUGUGCGCGACGUUUUGCACAGUGUUGAGAAGGCAAUACUGUCAAUAACAAGUGUUCAGGACCGCUCGCUGCCAGCUCGCGGGUCUCAAGACUUUAUCAUGAUGCGUGAGGGAGCACUUCACGCCAUCGAUUUGUUUGAGACGCUCAGCGUGACAGUCGAGACGUUGGAAGCCAUGCAGCAGCACAUUGCGUUGCUUGCGGACAAAAACAGGCAGGCGAGUGGCUGUAAGCCAGAGACGUUGCUCCAAGCGCGUAUGCACAUGGCCUUCCAAGCUAGGAUGCUGUGCAACUUGCUUCUGCGCUCGCAGUCGAAUAAAGAGCGGCUGCAGAACGAGAUUACUCUGGCAUACAACAUGAUCGCUCAGCGCGACAGUCAGGUUAUGACAGGGCUAGGGGAAGUAGCGAGGCUUGACAGCAGUGCCAUGAAGACGAUUGUGGUAGUGACAAUGGCGUUCCUCCCGCCGACCUUCUUCAAGCAGGCGAUCUUCAGCAUGAGCUUUUCUGACUACAAACCUGACCAGGGCAGCACAGGAUGGUCAUUGUCAAGCGAGCUCUGGGUGUACUGGAUCUGCGCCGUACCGCUGACGUGCCUGACUCUGGCUGUUUACCAAUGGCGGAAGCGGAGAGUGGAACACAGAAGAAGUUACCACUGCCCAAUCUGCAGAGAUAGCAGCCAAUGGCAAGCCCGAAGAGUUGCUUCGAAAGCAGCGCUCUACGUGCGCCUGUCACGUCAAUAUAGCUCUGUAGUGGUGAGGAACAUAACAGUCAUAGUCUCGUCUGCCCUGGUUUCCUGUCCAAUUAGGUCUUGCGUUGGCAUCAGUUGA